GGGAACACCGAGGGGGCGCACCCACCCAUUCCCAUCUUUGUCCCUUCUCCUACAGAUCUGCACCUGCCUCCAUCCAGCUGCGGCAAUGACUAUCUUACCAACCACAACCACACCUUCUCCGGGAGAAGAGGUGACCACUAACCUACUUCUGCAGUCCACCGUGGCCCUGUCCCCAGAAGCUGAAGCCAGCACAGCACUCAUUGCAGUUGUUAUCACCGUGGUCUUCCUCACUCUGCUCUCAGUUGUGACCUUGAUCUUCUUUUACCUGUACAAGAACAAAGGCAGCUACGUCACCUAUGAACCUGCAGAAGGUGAGCCCAGCGCCAUCCUCCAGAUGGAGAGUGACUCAGCCAAGAGCAGGGAGAAGGAGGAAUAUUUCAUCUGACUCCCAGACACUCGCUCCAGUGCUAACACAUUGACUCUUUAAUUUAUUAGUGAAAGUUCUAUCUGAAGCAAGUGAGAAGCACUGAUAACAGGCAAACCUGAGCUCCCCAGGACUCAGGCCCAAAUGUCCAUGUCACUGAGGCCGGGGGCCCAGAGAAAGCUGCUUGUGAUGUCUCCAAAACCAAGCCUUUGUAGUGCAGCUGGUGUUUGUGACUGACAAACAGGGUGGAGCUAUCCCAGGCGACAGGUCUGAGUAUGCGCCCAGUCACCAUUGCUCUUCUCCCACUUCAACAGUCAGGGCUGGUGGCUGUUCCCGUCUCCUGUUGAAUCACCUAGUGACAGCCGCAGUGGAAAAUGUCCACAGCAGCUCUUCCCAGAGAUCACAUACCACCACAGAAGGCCAUGCCAGGAGAGGUAGGGGACCUGACGAAUGCACUACAGCCCUCAAUCUGAGCCCUUCCUCUCUUCCCCCAAAACUUUACAUUUGUUAUUUUUAUCACAAUUAAAACAUUUUCAUUGAUGCGGAAAUCAAAUGUUCCAGAGGAAACUAUUACAUUGAUUUAUCCCUGCUAAAGCUUUUUGACAUUUU